CUACACACACAGCUACACGCACACACACACAUCGCUCACACAACUACACAGACAGCAGCCACUGGCGAUGCUGUCCCAGGCGUUUGUGCUGUCGUCCAGGGGAGACACUCUACUCUACAGGGACUAUGUAGGUAAUGGACACGCGGAUAAUUUGUACGAGAGAAUGUGCCCUCUGAACGAGAGCGAGCAGCCCAUCGUUAAGGUACAUAAUGGGCUGUGCUACGUGCACACACGGCAUAACGGACUUUACUUUGGUUUAACCUGCAAGCCCCAGUUUGCUGCAAUAGUCAAAGACUACUGUGGAUCUGUUUCUGAAGAGGCCAUCAGGAAGAACCUACCACUAUUGUAUGAGCUUCUAGAAGAAAUCCUGGACUUUGGAGUGGUACAGACUACACGUUUGGACGUCCUGAGGAACUACGUGCAGAGCGAAGCCGUCAACACCCAACCCAGCAGCUUGUUUGACAUGAGUGCCAUCGGACUGUUUGGAGCAGACACACAAAAAACCUUGGUCCCGGCAUCAGCUUCGAUACGCUCACUGUCUCAUCAGAGCAAAACCAACGAGAUAUUCGUGGACGUUUUGGAGAGGCUAACAGUGCUCAUCGGUGCAAAUGGGAAUGUGGUUCAAGCGGAGCUCAAUGGCGAUAUCAAUUUGAAGAGCUUCGUGAACGGCUGUUCAGAAAUCUUCAUGACGUUCAACCAUGAUCUUGCCAUAGGAUCAUCACAGAAUAGAGGCUACGGCGGUGCCGUGCGAUUGGACGAGUGCCGCUUCCACGCCAACGUGAACGUGACCGACUUCGAGACCAAACGUGCGAUCAGAGUGAGCCCGGGCCCUGGCUGUUCCCAACAGUGGAAGUGCAACCUGAAAGGAGUCGGCUGUUGCUGUCCCGCCAUCUUCCGCUUGGAGGUGCCCGGACUCAGGCCCUCGGCUCGACUGGAAGUGGGCCCCGUGGCGUUGACCUUUGACCUUCCAAGCCUGGCCAUGUCGGGGCUUCGCAUCGGCUGCCUGCGCCCUACGCUGGGGGGCCGAGGGGGGGCGGCACUGUCGGGGGAGCCCCCCAAACGCUGGCUACGCUACUCGACAUCCAGCGGAUCUUACGUCGUCCGCAUUUAAGAAAGCACUAGACGACGCGGGUCGUCUUGUUCUUCGCCGCCACGCACGUGCUCGCAGCCGGUUUGCCUGCGGUCAUCCCAAGAAAUCCAGGCUCGCAGCACCGUGCAGGGCGGGGCACGAAGUUCGCAGACCCCUUUGUUGUUUUCGCACGGCAGUGAGCACACGUAGAUGGGUGGAAUAUACAACAACAAAAAAACACGCUUUGUGUUUUUACAGCCAGACACCAAAAAUAUGGCACUACCACUUCGAGGAGUUUCAACU